AGUGGCGAGCCGGUGCAGAACAACGCCGCCGCGAUCACGCGACUGUGCCGGCGAACGCGUGUCUUUCUCUGCGGUGCGCGUGAAGUUAACCAGCGCCAGUAUAAGCCGCCAUAAUAGCGAGCCUCUGCGGCAACGCUGGUAUAUACGUGCCCCAUUAUACGUGCGCGUGUGUACAGUGCAGCGGAGUUCGUACGCGCGACCCGCCCACGUCUUCGCGUGUUUCGGAAUUAGUCGCGCGCGAGCGACGCCUGGACGCUGCGCGUCGCGAGCGAAGAGCGCGCAAGCGAGCGCGCGUUUCACGGCGCCUACGUUUCUCCGUGGCUUAUACAGGCGUCGGGUCUCAAUAAGCGCGAAAGUUUUCGGACCUCCGUCGGCGUCGAGUGGACCCUGCUCGUCGUCGAGCGAGAGUUGAGCAUGAUACAGGCAUGCGGAAGCCGCAGCGGCACGGACCCUGGCCCUGCCUGCGUCGCAAGCGGUGCCGGCGCGUAUUGGAGUUCGCCAGGCGACGACUUCAAGCGCCACCGCCGCCAGCUGCCAUCGUUGGAAGGUCAGGAACGCCAGGAGUACUGCUACCUGAGCUCUCGUGAUGCCUUCAGCCGCCGCGCCUUUCGCCAUAGAAACCACCUGGGUCAAGGAAGCCACAGCCGCUGGCAGGCAGCCGUACCUGACGCAGAAGUGCGCGGCGUUCCAGCUCAGGCCCCGACGACGACGCAGUACGCCCGGCGGCUCCCCGUGCCGACUGCGUCACCCAAGGGGCCCAGCGACAGCUGUCGCGUCGUCGGCGUAUCUCCAAGAGCGCAGCUUGACGCGGCGGAGAGCCGGGCAGCAGCCUCGGGCAUGGCCGCCGCCGCUGUCCUGGCGUCGACGGCGCGCGGCCGAGACCCUCAGCCGCCGCAAGGAUCCAGGACUCCAGAGGCCAGCAGGCGCGUGCAGCGAGCCCUGCUUAAGCUCGAACUGCCCGACUGGUUUCGCCAGCACUACAGGCCUCCCAGGAGGGACCAUCCCUGGCUCGGAGACGAUGGCGCAGCGCCACAGUGGCCCAAGUGGCGCGCGCUUCCGGGCAAGGACGCCAAGCAGCCGACAGGUCUCCGGCCUGCCCAGACAGCUGAGACAUCGCUGCCGGCUGAGCGGAGGAAUCUGGUGAUCCCCAAACGGGUCACCUUCCGCGAUAAAGGCUCGUCCCGCAGCUCCGUCAGGCCCUGGGUGUACCGGUCGCUGCGGGCGCCGCCGUAUCUGGGCUGGCGCAGCUCGGGACUGGCGACGUCCACCGCGGCGCUGCCGUCGCCGAAGCAGCAGCAGCAAGCGACCAUCCGGUGACCGACUGUCGUCGACAAAAGCCCUCGACACCUGUCACUGCAGCACCACCGCACUUCCCACCGAGACUAUAUGUUUACUCAUCGUCCCACCCUGCACAAUGCUCGCAAGAAACAGUCCCACUAUAUAGCACGGAAUGCACUCGCGCCCACACCGCGGCACGACUGCGGAACGCCCUUGUAAUCCAUGUUCCAGUGGUCCUACUGUAGAGCAACAGGCGUCUGAACUCGAAGAGUUCUUCUUGCUGGGCUAGCUUCUGUAAUACAGACCGGCGUUCGUGCUUGAAAGUGCAGCGUUAAAGAUGAAUACCGAGAGAGAGGAAACGCGAUACGAGGAUUGUCCUGUCUGCUAGUCUGUUACGGCUUUCCUCUUCCGUGACGUAAACGAGUGCCCGGCUUCAGUUUGAAAGGAAAACUUUGCUUCGCUACACGUUGUGUGACGGGUGAAGAAGGUCUCGUAUAUUAGGCAGCGGCACAGCGUUCAGGCGCAGUCUUUGUCAAAGGUUUCAAACCCGCUGCGCAAGUGAUCGGUUCUCCUGAUCAAAGUCACUACAAAUUAUUACAUUUCUUUAAAUAGUUGUCUUACGUGGCGCUUUCAAGCUCGAAACAGAUACGACCGCUGUAUUGAUCGACGUCCGAUAGUUUGGCGUGAAAAGUGAUGGUCGGUUGCUGGCUAUACAGAAUGUGGGCCAGGUGACAGGUAUAGUAAGGCGACGCGAUGGACUUGAAACGCGACAGGCACAAGCGUUUCGUAAGGCAUGCGUUGAGAGUUAGGGUUGCUGGACGAGGCAAAACUGCCGAAUUCGCUCCUUCCGAGUUUUCGAUGCGCCACACCACUGGUCGUCGUCGCUUCGCGACCCGCCACUACACGGAGGAUAAGGAAACAUAUAAAAAUAAGAUAACAGGAACCAGCCUUGCAUGGCAUCCUUUCAUAAUUGGUUGUACUCGUCGAACCCAUAUUGUAACGUUGCUGCAUAGUAGCUCUUUAGGGGCGCGCACUGUCCCGUGGCAACAAUACGCGUAGGUCUGCUGUUCUUCACGAAGUGAGCCCCCGACGUAUCUCGGAGGUUCCUCUCCAGCGCAGAGAAAGUGUCGCGAUUUAUUUUGGUCGCUGGAAAAAAGUGUUUAUGCGAAAGUGUAUUUAUGCUAUUUUGUUUAUGUGCAUAUAAGUGUUUCUGACAGAUGUUUCCGAGGCUUAACUUUUUCAGCGCGACGGCUUGGCGCUUUCUACAAGCGCUCGCCUUUUGACGCUUUACUGCGAACGCAUGCUGCAAAACAUGUCGCAUUUGUUGUUUGUAUAUGUCUCGUGUACAGUCCCAAUUACGGCUAUCUUUAACGCGCGAAGUGUGUGCGUCUGCGUUUGCUUUGCGCUUUGUAUGUCAACAGGCGCCAAUGGUUUUCGCUGCUUAGCACGCACUGCCGAACGAGUACGUUACUGACAGUUGCGUUUUCCCUCGUACAACAACAAGAGUGCCGGAUAAUUGGACAUCCGCAGCGAUGGCAGACUGCCUCCACAUUGUAGUCUGUCGAUAGAUAAGGCCCGUUCGGCGUGCGAGAUCAGCACUGUUUAAAAAAAAGAACAAGACAACGAAGCUCACAAGCAGCAGCAGCUUUCAAGCACGUUCUCUUACGUAUCAAACGAAGUCUGUCUCUAACAGAUGGCGCUGGACAACACAUGAGCUCGGUGAUGUCGUGCUAUACGACAGCCGGGACGUCGUCUUCCCCGUAAAAAUGAAUCCGAAGCCGGGGAGGAGACGUCAACACACAGCUCUAAUAAAAGCGUAACACGCUGACCGCUGCCAAAAUUCUUUAGAAAAAAAAAACUCCAGUAUAGUUGCCAAAAGACUUUUUUGUUGUAUCUUUAGGUAAUGCUACCGUUCCCUGCAGGCUUCUCUUUUUUUUUCACCUCGUACACCAUACCAUAACACACCAAUUGCAAAUAAAUGUGUUGGCCUACCGAAUAAUUGAUAUCUCGAUCAGUCAGUGCUGUGUUUUUCUUUUUCCUUGAACGUUUUGUGCUUGCAAAUGACUAGCCUAUAUUCUGAACUCUUGGCGGCAUGUCGGCAAGUAUGUAUUGCCGUGAGAAGUGUGUAUUCUUAUUUCGAGCCUUGACUCUGCUCUUCCAGUUAGCUUUCCUGGCAAAGAUGCAUUUACUCCUGCAUAUAUGACAUUGCCACUUCUUUCAGCUACCUUUUUUUUUUUUAACAGCGCAGCUGUUUAGCAAAUCGUUCCGUGUGAGACGAUCGCUGAAAACUAUCAUCUGCCGCGACCAUCGGGCCAGCAGUCGAGCACCAUAACCACCGCGGCGGGUUUUUUUUUUCUUUCUAUUUUUUGGUGCAGCGAGAAUACCGUCUCUGUAAAAAUAUAUAUACUAUUUCACCCUUAUUAGCAAUUUUUUUAACUAUAUUCAUCUAGACCUGGUGUUCACUAGUACUUCGAGCACGCUUUUGCACGCUUUUUCGAAAGACACUUAAUUUGUUAUUUCACAGAGGAGAUAUACAGAGUAUACAGACAAGAAAUUACAGAGGAGAAAUUGCAAUACUAAUAAUAACGAAUGGGGUUUUAUGAACCAAAACCACGAUAUGAUUAUGAGGCACGUCAUAGUGGAGGGCUCAGGAUAUUUCGACCACCUGGUGUUUAACGUGCACUGACGUCGCACUGUACACGGGCCUCUACCAUUACACCUCCAUCGAAAUGCGACCGCCGCGGCCGGGAUCGAACCCGCGGCCUUCGCGUCAGCAGCCGAGCACUGUAACCACUGUACUGGCAUAGCGGACGUGGAGAAAUUGUAGAGCCUAUUAAUUAGUGUCAAAACAAUUUCUUUCCGUGAUAAUAGCUACUCUGGUUAUAAUUCUACCAGGCUUCUAACAAGGUGCGCGAAACAUAAAAAAAAGUACCGCGUGACUAGGCGCUUGCGCACGGCAACAUUAAGACAACCCUCAAACGUGCUACCAAUGAAUGAUCGAUGCUGCACGCAGAACGAAGACAAGAUCAGGCAUUGAGCAACGGAGGUGGAUCGAAUACAGUGAAUUACCUUGACUUUUAUUCUGAUCGAGAUUGCUUCUCUUUCGAAGCAGUGUACUAAGCCGGACAAUAGAAAUAUACAGGACAAGUGACGCUGCUAUUUUCUUGAAGCUGUGUCGGCGUUCGCUGACAGGAAACAUAGACAUCAAGAUUGUUAUGCCGGCUUACUGCGAUGUAUCGAAAACGAAGGAUGUGGUCAACGCUUAUCCUUUAAGCUAGUGGUCUGUUCAUAUAUUCUGUCUGCGUGCGGCAUCGAUCGUUCGCUGUGAGCACGUUUUUGGGCGCUAGUGUCACUGCGCGCAAGAGCUCAGUCACGUGAUAUUUUUUUCAGAUCUCGCACACUUUCGUUGCAGCUCGAAAAUAUUCAAACCACAGGGGCUAUUCUACCGGAAAGAAAAUGUAUUCUACCGGAAAGAAAUGUGCUCCACGGCUUUUCUAAUGAAGAUGUCGCGUUAACAGGAAUACUUUAAAAGUUGGCUGAUUAAUUAUUGCUAAGUAAUUAUCUAAGCUCAUUUAAAAAACACUCUGAAUUGGUCAAGAGGACAAUGAAUAAUGCUAAGUUGUACGCGUUCUUGCAAUGCGCGCAUACAUCUUUUACAGCUUGGCCGGAGUCAGCUGAAAGACCCAGUAUAUAGAUUUCAGUUUGCAAUACUUCUUUGCUUACUAUUGAUGCUGAUAUGCCACCCAGUCUUUGUUCUAGUUCUCGUAAGACUGGCUUUCUGCAGUGGGGCCCUGGGUCUACUAACGCAAAUAUCUAGGAGGAUCAAGAACCAUUACCGGGGGGGUAAAGAUGACGCCUUCGCAGCCCCUUGAUCCACGCUUUGCCGUUAUUAUAGGAGGCACUUGCGCUUCAAAUUUCAAACGGUGGCUUUGAACCGAACUGUGCGUCAGAGGCAUAUUAUGCGACAUAGUUCAAUUUCACUUUAUUUGAAACGCUUUCUACUGCUAACAAAAUUGGCUUCAGUUACAUCAGUGCAGACGAAAUACCAGCCGUAGCGGGCACUAUCUGUCCGUAAAUUUCACUCACUUCCUUCACUUAAACUAAUUAAUUGCUGCAUGACAUAGUGUGAGGAAAUGACUGUAGCGCAAAUCCACUCGAUACGUCGCGUGGACCUUUCGAGGUCAAAAACGAUCCGUAUAGUGCGCUUACAAUAAGCAUAGGCCCCUAUGGCUUCGAUCAUAGUUGCAUUGUUCCUAUGCCUUCCAUUUAAAAACGCCGGCGCUGAUGUGUAAGCACGUUGUUCGCCCAUGAUGUAUGCAUGGGGUCUUGAAGUAUCAACGUCGUAACACGCUGACGUAAAACUGCAAGAGAAACGGCCAUCAGGUUAUGUGGCAGCACUUGUAAGCACAGCAAACUUAUUCUAAGAAGGAACUUGGCGCCUUGCGAAUGUUGCAUAAUCGGUACAGUGACAUGAGGUAUUGAACAUGAUGGAUUGGCGGUACGACUCUUUGUUUUAAAAUAAAAAGGCCUGACUCAUACUCACACGACGCAUACAUUGAAAAGGCCUUUCUGAGGCAUGCAGCUCAACAGAGCAGGCGAUUAACUUAAACGUAGAAUUACAAUAAAUUAGAAGCGUGGUCAUGAAGAGUUUCUCAUUCUACGGGGAGACAGGCUGUCGCCGCGCAGGCGUCAAAGUUUACUGAAAAAUAUAUCUGCAAUUUCAGCCAGAGUCAGAUACAGCAAUGGCUAACAGACAGGAUAACAAUAUCCCUGUCUGCGUUAAUAUCGAGGCCUAAUUUAUGCGAGGUUACACUUGAGACGUUUCAUUACAGAUAUCGUGUGACGUCACGCAAAGGUCAUACGUUAUGUGUAAUGCUUGUGAAUGCUACGAACAAAUAUGGAUUCUUACUUAAAGUAUGGAUUCCUACAAAUCGCCAUCGAUACACGAUUCCACACGUAAUUUAACUUUGCACUAUGACAGUGUUCUGAAACACCUUGUGCGGAUCGAAGAAUGUGUUUUAUAAACUAAAAGCUUAAUUAACGAGGCCGAAAGUGUAUUCUUGAAACUUUUCUGGAGACCGCUAACCCACGGGACAAGCAAAGACAAUGCAUGGGCGCAGACCAACAAGCGGAGUUUUGUUGAAAAAACAUGUUCUUUCGAUAAAAAUUUGGUUAUACGUUAGUUAUAUCAGCAUUAUUAGUCCGUCCUCCUCAGUUAUGCAUACAUACAUACAUACAUACAUACAUACAUACAUACAUACAUACAUACAUACAUACAUACAUACAUACAUACAUACAUACAUACAUACAUACAUACAUACAUACAUACAUACAUACAUACAUACAUACAUACAUACAUACAUACAUACGUUAGCAAAAGGAAAGCUGCAGAAGGCAAUCAAUGAGCACUGAAAUGCUAAAUUAGCGUACAAACAAAUCCUGUGGUUAACGUUUCUGUCUAGCGAAACAGCAUGUACGGUUCUUGAUUCUUGCGGCUGCAUCAGUGAAUCGCCGUGUUACCCGUAUUCGGCUGACAUCGCAUAUUCGCAUACGUAGGCAAAAUAUUUCGGAAAAAUUUACUUGGUUACUAUGCCAUCAAACAGGAAAGAGAGAGAGAACGUGGCACGUAGCCAACAACACGCCCUUGAGUAGCAAUUCGAGACUGCACGUACACCGCACCUUCAACGAGCGCUGAAAUCAAGCUCGUGUAUUCCAUUUACCUAUAUGCGCAGAAUAGUUUCCUAACGCACGUGCGGAACAUCCAGGUAUAACGUAAUACGUUUCUUUUCGCCGCAUACCUCGACUGCGCAGUACGUCCGUCGGUCGCUCAAAUGUGCACCGUGGAUUUGAAUCGCAAUUAUUCGUCUGCAUAUGUGGUAGUUGCGAGACAAAUUAUGACCCUUUCGUAUCAUCGUAAUCCUACACCGACAGAAGUUCUUUCGGGCGCUAUUAAGUGUGAGAAGGAGAAGUCAGGAGAAACGGAGAAAUCAAGGAGCAAAGCUUGCUUGAUUUCUCCAUCAAUACGUGUCGUGAUUGCCCUUGAAGAUAUCACGCGUGUUACAGAGCGGCCUUGUGCGCGCAGUAUAGUGCAUGGCCCUGUAUGUGUAGUCACCACACAUCGGUAUCACUGUAUGUUCGAUAGACUAUCUGAUACCCUGUGACCACUAUUAUCCAGCCGGUCGGUUGGUCGGUCAAUGCACAUAAUGAUGCAGCUCCUAAACGAUUGAAGCUGCGGAAUUUAUUUAGUCGCGGCGUACAGCCAGAUGCUCUGGCCGUACGACCUUUCUUAUAGUUUCCUUACAGCAAUUUUUUUUUUUCGUAUGCUACUAGCUCAGAGCGGGCUUUGCACUGUGUUCGCAGUACUUGCAGGGUCAGCCCUUGUUUUGAGGUUGCCAGUUGAACGCGCACUCUGGGCAGGACAGACAGAUAGGCGACUUAUUUAUAGAGUCAGAGAGAGGUCAGUCUUGGUGCAAGGUUUUCUAGAGGCGCUUCUCAACAUCGCGAUAUGUUCAAUGGAUGUACUACCUCUUAACGAACGUUGAAAUAUCGGGCACUGCUUUUUGGGUUCGAUGCGAAGAAUAUGCUGCGGAUAUAUAAACUGCGCAGUUACCAUAGCUGCAAAGGAAACAGCGCAGAAAGGAUGCGUGCUCGCACGCGAAUGUCCUUUUUAUCCUCCUUUCGUGACUACAAUAAAAUGAAAAUCUUUAAAUUGUUAAAAAAAAAUGUAUUCGCUACCCAGCAAGCCCUCGAGGCGGCGAAGAGGCAAGACCUCGACGUCCCCACGUGGGAGGCCUAUAGGCCCAGCCAACUAAACUGCUGGCUUCAAUAGAAGUUUAUUCCUCGUAACGAAUACUUGCAGUGUGUAGCCGUCAAGUGAUUUUGCACGGAGCCACAAUGCAAGCAUUUGACCUUAUACAUACUGCAAGCUUUUACUAUAAGAGCAGCCUGACGUUGUUCCGAAUUUAGCCACAGCUGAACACCGGGACCUUGAGCCCUAGAUAUUAUUAGUCCAGCUUUCCUUCUAAAGAGCAUUUUUAUUGCUGUGAGUGCCUAUUGUUGUUGUUGUUGUUGUUGCUGUUUGUUGUUGCUGCUGUUAUUAUUAUUGUUGUUCUUUUAGUGCCGCUGCUCUCUGUUGAGCAUCACGGAUGUGCACGAAAGAAGUUAUGCGUGUUUUUAUCAUGUUUUGUUCUGGUUUUUAUUUUAUUUUGUAUACUAUUAUUAUUAAUAAUAUUUGUACGAGCCAUGAAAUUCGUUAAUAAAGGUAUUUGCCGGUU